AUGCAUGCAUGCAUACAUAAGUACAUACAUACAUACCUACACUCCUACACACGCAUACACACAUACAUACAUACAUUCACACACGCAUAUGUAUAUACUUAUGUGUGUUUGGGAUGUUCUAAUGUCGCUUGGAAAGAAGCAGCCAAGGAGCUCGGCACGCUUCGCGCGAAGUUUGAGCUCACUCUGCAGACGCUACGGUCCAUCCUGGGCCUUGAGCUGAAUUGCUCCUGGGCGGACAUCGUCGAGCAUGUAGAAUUACUUGGACGGCUUGCCGAUGGUCACAAGGGCCAAGACAAGUCCAUCAAGGAGGAAGAUGACGAUGAGGAGAGUGAGGCAGAGGAGCUUCGACAGCUGCUCCUGCAAGCAGAAAUGGACCUGGAUGAAAAAGAGCAGCAGCUAGAAGAGCAAUGCGCUCGCGUUCGGGACCUUUCUGAUGUGCUAUCCAAGCAACAAAAUCAUGUGGCCAGGACAUGUGCGCAACUGUCAAACCAAAACGAGCAGAAGGAUUUGGUGAGCAAGCAGCGGGAAGAGCUUCUGCGCACCACAGCUGACCGUGAUCGGCUCAAUGAUGAGCGGAAUCGCUUGCGCGAAGAGACACGCAAGCUGCGGGAGCUCAACGUGUUUCAGCAGAAGCAUCUCCAGGAGAAGGAGAGUCAACUGGCUAUAGCCGAAGCCUCUCUGGUGGAGAAGCACACAAGCCUGGCAAGAAGGGAGCAAGAGCUGGGAGACCUCCAAGCUGAUCACGAAAGACAGCGAGCGGAGAUCGAGGAGCUUUGCGACGUGGUCGCCUCGCGCGAUGACGAGGUGGACAGAAUACGCUCGCAACUCGAAGUCUACGAGGCUGCAGAGAGGAGGAAGCACAGCCGAGUCCCGAGUGUCGGUGCUAGCAGCGAUAGUAGAGAGCUCAGCGUUCAGGGCCAAAGAUCUACACCCAAUCUUGGGAUGCUGCAUUCGGAAACGGCACGUAGAUUCAGAAGAUGUCCGGGUGCCCAGCAGCUGCCGUAUAUUCUGAAGCAUAUAGUCUCUCAGGGACUCGGCCUUCGAGAAAGCAGGAUUUGGUACAUGGUCGUGUUGAAGUCCACCCGUCGAAGCUGUGCUAAAUACAGCUUCUGUUUCCUGAAGCUAAGGCUACCGUCCUGGCCCUUGCGAUGGCUCCUUCGUUGGCCGCCUGGCGUGGCUCGGAGCCAUUUGACCGGGUUGCAUGAGAGGAUGUGGCGGUGA